CUUUUAUAGUGCGUUACAGGACCGACUGAUCUCUCCUCCCUGGAGUCAAAUGAUAUAAAAGCUUUAGCAGACAAUGGGCUCACAGAAGCUCCGUCCCGUCCAGCCUGCUGUUCUCCACUUCACUGGAAGAUCUUCAUCAUGGCCCCUAAGAAAGUCGAAGUCAAGAAGCCGGAGCCCAAGAAGCCGGAAGCCAAGAGAGAGGCGGCGCCGGCGCCGGCUCCAGCCGCCGCCAAACCGGCACCUCCGGCAGAACCCGAACCCCCUAAAGAGCCUCCGUUCGAUCCCAAGAGCAUCACGCUGGAAUACACCGCCGACCAGAUCGAGGAAUUCAAAGAGGCAUUUCAGCUGUUCGACCGCACGCCCAAAGGAGAGAUGAAGAUCACGUUCGCUCAGUGCGGCGACGUGAUGCGAGCUCUGGGACAGAACCCGACCAACGCCGACGUCCUGAAGGUCUUGGGAAAACCCAGAGCGGAGGAAAUGAACACCAAGAUGGUGGAUUUUGAGACCUUCUUGCCCAUGCUGCAGCACAUCUCUCGCUCGAAGGAUCAGGGCAGCUUUGAGGACUUUGUGGAAGGACUGAGGGUUUUUGACAAGGAGGGUAACGGCACCAUCAUGGGGGCGGAGUUACGGCACGUUCUGGCCACGCUGGGCGAGAGGAUGACAGAAGAUGAGGUGGACCAACUCAUGGCCGGACAGGAAGAUGCCAACGGCUGCAUUAACUAUUCCUCUUUUGUCAAACACAUUCUGUCAGGUUAAGCUGGACUUUAUUCAGAUGGGUAGACUAACAAAUCCAUGUGGGUACAUGAAAAACAAUUUAGAAGAACUAUGACUUUUUUAUUUUCAGAUCACAAUUGAAUACUACUUCAUUUUGAGUGACGUUAAAGAGUAGACAUAUAUUCAUUAUUUUGGUUUCCAAUGACAGGCAAAAACAGGCAUAUGUGCUCAGUCACAAACAUGUGUACACAAUAAAAGUUAUUUUGGAAUGGACUUCACUUUGCUAUUUUUUUAAUGAAGUGGACAACAUAUCAUGGAGGCCAACAUUCAUCUUAAAGGGAUAGUUCACCCCAAAAUGAAAAUUCUGUCAUUAUUUAUUCAUCAUUUCUUCAUCCUCAUGUCAUGUCAAACCUGCAUGAGUUUCCUUCUUCUGCAGA